AGAUGCUACUUUCCAAGUCUGUUCCCUCCAAUCACCACUGAAUCAUCUCUGACAGGUUCUUCUCCUAUGAGCACAGCGCAGAAUGUGUGCUUGGGAUGCAACCAGUAGUUUAGAGGGACUGCUGUGAAGUAGUUGCGCAUCACUGACGGAUUCCAGCGCACUGAAAACCGCUGAAAGUCACGUUUUUUUUUUCUUUUCAAAGAACUAAAUGGCUCGGACUUACAACCGAUACAACAUAUGUAGAUGAGUGAUUCGAUAUUCUAAGCGUUUGGGAAAUGCAAACGAUUGCCCGGCUGUAAAUUCAGACGCUAAACGCUCAAGCAGCCAUGCAUUUGUGCAGCUCUGUGGGCUCUUUGCUCCUCCUCCUUUUCAUCAGCAGGAGCAUGGAUGGCUGUGUCGCCAGCACAGAGGAGAUCUUGCCUCCCACCAUUCAGAAACUGAUGAAGGGAUACAACAAGUACCUUAGGCCAUUCUUUGGCAAUGGGCCUGUUACUAUCGGAAUGAGUCUGGAUAUCGCCAGCAUAGACACCAUAUCAGAAAUCAACAUGGAUUACACAGCCACCAUCUUUCUUCGUCAGCGCUGGACAGAUGAACGCUUGUGUUUUGAUGGCAAUAAGAGCUUGAGUCUGGAUGGGAGACUGGUAGAGCUCCUUUGGGUCCCUGAUACGUUCAUUGUGGAUUCCAAGAAAUCUUUCCUGCAUGACAUCACUGUCGAAAACAGACUGAUCCGGAUAUUCCCCAACGGAACUGUGCUGUAUGCCCUGAGAAUUACUACAACGGUGGCCUGCAGUAUGGAUCUAACCAAAUAUCCCAUGGACAGACAGACGUGCACCCUUCAACUUGAAAGCUGGGGAUAUAAUGUGAAAGAUGUGGUUUUCCAUUGGACACGGGGAAACCAGUCAGUUAGCGGUCUUGAUGAUUUACAGCUGGCUCAGUACACCCUUGAGGAUCACUACACCUCUGAAUCUGAAGCCGUUUAUGAGACUGGUAAUUACCCAAAGUUGAUCUUCCACUUCAAACUCAAGCGGAGCAUUUUAUAUUUCAUUCUGGAGACGUACGUUCCUUCCAGUGCUCUGGUGGUCCUGUCAUGGGUCUCAUUCUGGAUCAGUCAAUCUUCAGUACCUGCUCGCAUCUGCAUAGGAGUGACCACAGUUUUAACUAUGACCACCCUUAUGAUGGGAGCCCGCACCUCUCUACCCAAUGCCAACUGCUUCAUCAAAGCCAUCGAUGUGUAUCUGGGCAUCUGCUUCAGCUUCAUCUUUGGUGCUCUGAUUGAGUAUGCAGUUGCUCAUUUCUGCACAUUACACCAGCCAAACGCUGCCAAUGCAUAUAUGUAUGGGCAGGAAAUGCAGGAGCGUGAGGAUGAGAUGAACGGCAUCGUCACUUCCAUCGGCAGUCAUGCUUUGCGGGCCCGUAAACGGGAGGAGAUGCUGUCCCGGAUGGGCAGCACUAGCAACCCCACCCCCAGUGAAAGUAAGGAGGACAUCAAUACCUCGCAGCCACAAACCCGCUGCACCAAGUGCAUGUCGACGGCUCGCCAAAUCGUGCGCUGUCUGAACUGCUGCAAAGUGGAAAACCCGCACUACAUCGACAACUACUCAAGGUUGACCUUCCCCCUGUCCUUCAUCGUCAUCAACCUCCUCUACUGGACAUACUACUUGUACUUCUAAAGCUCCUGUUGUCUGUGCGUGUGUGUGUGUUGAGGGUCAAUAGUGAUGUAUGUGUGUCCCUUUCUGUGUCACAGUUUACCUAAGGGUUUUUACUCUUACAUGUCAGCAUGCAUUUCAGUUCAACUUGAGUAUGACUGACUGUGUUCAUGUCACCCAAGUAUGCAUCAUUCCUUGAGGUACGCAGGAUUUGAGUGAGUGUGGACUAUAUACAGAUUUGUACCAUGUCUACAUCUCUGUGUCAGAAAUAUGUGGCCUUCAUUUUCCGAUGGAGCUUUAGAUUCACUCAAAUCCACAACAAAAUCGGCCUAGCUGU